AUGCCAGAUGUCAUGCUAACCACCCACAAGGAUGGUAGUACCAGUCAAGAUGGCUCUGCACGUGAGGCCUGGAGACUAAAUGAUACCAAGGCCAUCGGCACUAUUCAUCUUCGAUGCUCCCCUGCCAUUGCCGCCCUUAUUCAAAACAAGACAACGGCUAAAGAAACUUGGGAAGAGCUCGACGACACAUAUGGUAUCACAUCUCUUGCCUCCAUCUAUAACAAGCUGUGUGGGGCAUUAACCACCAAGAUCCCGGCUGAUCAACAUCCUGCUCCCGCCUUUGCCAAGAUUGCCAAGCACUUUAAUGUCUUGGCCUCUGAGAAGAUGAUCAUCCCUAACUGUCUUCAAGGGCUGGUCUGUCUCAAUGCACUCCCUCUUUGGUAUGACUCCCUCAUUCAAGUCUUAGUCCAGAAAUUGACAUCGACAAUGGACAUUGACAAUGUCCGGGAGGCUGUUGUCACUGCCUGGGAGCAAGCCCAGAACAAGAAGACAACACAACUAGGUGCACACAAAAUCUCGGCAGUGAAGCAUAAGCUGGGUGAUCCCUCCUUUGCUUUGCAGCAGCAGCAGCACCCUCAGGGCAGCAGCAGCAAUGCGCGAGAUGGGAAGAAGUGCCCUUAUUAUGGCAAGCGCACAGGCAAGAAGCAUCAAGGGCACAACCAUGAUCAUCACCACGCCCAUGACGUCUUGAUCACCUUGACUGUCUCCCUUCCUCCUACAACCAUUGCUCAUGUCCUCAACAUCACACCUACAGGCAGCAGGACUCGGACGGUUAAAGAGCAAGGUCCGUUCCAUCCACCUCCUUCGGCGGACAGCCAUCACUACAACAACAAGUGGAUCAAGAAAGCCUUCAAGCUCACGCAGUGA